AUGUCUGAAAAAUGGCAGCGAUUCCAUCUCGCGAACGAAGGGAAUAUACCCCCUCUGCUGUUCAAAUAUUCAACGACAGCCAGCGGCUAUGAGCUCCACAUAACAGACCUGAACUAUAUAUGGUCUGAGCAUUUAGACAGGAAGGCCGUUCUCAAGCGAGCUGACGAAUAUGACACCACAAUUGACCCAAGUGAAGACUUGGAGCAGUUUAAAGUCCUCUUGCAGAAAAUCGGGGAGGGCCUACAGAAUGAUCCUGGAAGCAAAACAUCGCUCAACCCCAAAACAAGAGGAAGCGCUCAUUCUCUGGAGCUCACUGUGAUCUCCAAACUACCUGCUCCUCUUAGACCGCUAAAAUGGAAACUGUGUUUGUCCAAGGAGCCGCAGUCUUCCAUGACGAGUCAUUUACUGCUACCAUUCAUCAACACCGAGGCCGACCGUGAGGCCUGCCAACAGUCUCUUAUUGAUGAGCUUAAUAAAAAGGACUGGGUGCUUGCAAAAAUAUUUGAUAAGAUUGAAGCUAUGGGGAUUGACCUAAGCACCAUCUUCCCCGGUACCUCUGGCCUCCGCGGCGCCGGUCGUAAGGGCCCAACGCUCGCACAGGCUGCGAAGUAUAUCAGGGGCCUCGCACCUUUCAACGAGCAGGCAUGGCGCGAGAAAGUAUCGAAAUCCUCUCCAAACGUUGGGUUAUCCGCCAACAUAGUGGCGGAGAUGUCCGCUGGCUCGCUGGGUUCCGGGAAGCUCGAUCCAUUGAAACCCCCACCAGAUGAAUGGUGGGCAGGCCUCACAACAUCUGAUGACACAAUAACAGCUUCAACACCUGAAGGUGAUGAUAAGCGUGAACCAGAAGCCACGUCAUUGGCAGAUGGCAUGGAUAUAGAUACUGAUGUUGGGUCCGAGACCGGGGAGGAUGAUGAAUUCGAGCGACAAGAAACCCCUCCUCAUCUCAAGAAGCCAAAGAGUGCACCACAAAAGUCCGCUUCGACUCGAAAGGACGAGGAUGAAGAGACACAAUCAGAGGACGAAGACGCAACCUUCCCAAAACGUAAAAAAGCAGAAGCAACUAAGGCUAGGAUGGAAGAUCAGCCGCCACCUGCGAUGCGCCCCAAGGCCGUCCCAGCAGGGAAACCGAAAGGUCUUGGUAAAAUUGGGGGCAAGAUGCAGACGAAGCCGAAAUCACCAACACCAUCACUGUCACCGUCACCGCCACCUCGCAAGACCGCUGCAGCAGAAAGCCCUUCCCUUCCAGCAGUCCGUAAACAACAACCACCCGUAGAUAACGAUGACGAUGAAACAACAGAUGGAGAUACAGAUGACGAACUGCCCAAACCCCAACCCAAAUUGCAACCAAAACCAAACACCCAGGAUGCAACAAAACCAGCCCCCAAGCCAUCCCGCGGGCUAGGGUUUAUCGGAGGCAAAAAGAAGAAAGAGCCAACCCCAGAACCCGAACCUCAGCCUGGAUCGGAAUCAGACCUGGAGUCAGACGACGACAAAGUACCUUCAACCCGGGCUCAGUCCCAAUCACAAUCUCAGGCCCCAGAACCACAACCACAACCUCCAACGAAAAAGAAGCCUCUAGGUAGAAUAGGCGCCAUCGGUGGAAAAAAGAAAGACAAGGCCAAAGAACACAGUACGGAAACCACGGAGCCUACACGGACAGAGAACACCUCUCCGCCAGCAGCGAAGACGAUGAAGACGAAGCCAACGCAAGACACAGUUGACGAAGAGAUCAAAGAGGAGGAAGAAACACGGACUAGCUCUCCACCUAAAGAGAGGAAGGUGGUGAAAAAGGAAACGCCUGCAGAGUCAGAACGCGAGGAGACGGAGGAGGAAAAGGCUGACAGGAAGCGGGAGGAGUUGAAGAGGCAACUUGAGGCAAAGAGUAAAGCUCCCGCAAAGAAGAAGCGGAGGUUUUAG